UACCAAGAGUCCCAGGACAUCCUGAAACUAUACGCCUUAAAGAACUAAGGUCAAGAGUUGAAGUUUUCCCUGGUGCGCAACCAACUAGUUUCUAUUCCAAGCAUAUACAGGAAUUGCAAAAUGAAGAUUAUUAUGUUUGUGAGCAAUCGGACGGAACGCGUGUAUUAGCUUAUAUUACAUGUGAUAGUCCUGGAAAACCAGCCUAUCUUCGUGAUUAUAUUAUGAGCCCCUAUGAAAAAAUGCUGCGUAAACGUCCGGACCUUGCGAUUAUUCAACCAUAUAAGGAAGUGUUAUUUGUAGUAAAUAAAGAAAUGGAACGUUCUUAUGGACUGGAAAAAGUUUUAAAACAAAUCAUACCAUCUUUAAAGCACAACUGCGAUGGGCUAAUUUUUACAUCAUCAACAUCGGGUUAUUCGGCAGAGAAAAUAUUAAAAUGGAAACCACCAAAUGAAAAUUCUAUUGACCUUAAAUUAAGUUUCGAUUUUAAACGCCAUAAGAAUAAUAAACCGAGAUUUUGUCUUUAUAAAUGGAUGGAUGUUCAUAGAUAUUUUGAUAAUAUGACUUUACUGAUUUUAUUCAUAGACAACAAUGUUGAUUAA